CUAUUUGCCCAAAGCUACAUUUUGCCCAGAAACUCUCUGACCUGAGAGGUGAUAAAAGAACGCACCCAGCAAGGACUGCAGUCAGCUAGAGAACAAGGGGUGGUCUCCCAGCCUCUCAGGAAGAUGGAGGCCCACAAUGCGUCUGCUCAUGUCAACUUCACGCUGCCACCCAACUUCGGCAAGCGCCCCACCGACCUGGCGCUCAGCGUCAUCCUGGUGCUCAUGCUGCUCGUCAUGAUGCUCUCGCUGGGCUGCACCAUGGAGUUCAGCAAGAUCAAGGCUCACCUCUGGAAGCCUAAAGGGCUGGCCAUCGCCCUGGUGGCACAGUAUGGCAUCAUGCCCCUCACUGCCUUUGCACUGGGCAAGAUCUUCCGGCUGACCAACAUCGAGGCACUGGCCAUCCUGAUCUGUGGCUGCUCACCUGGGGGGACCCUGUCCAAUGUCUUCAGUCUGGCCAUGAGGGGAGACAUGAACCUCAGUAUUGUGAUGACUACCUGCUCCACCUUCUUUGCCCUGGGCAUGAUGCCUCUCCUUUUGUACACCUACUCCAGAGGGAUCUAUGAUGGGGACCUGAAGGACAAGGUGCCCUAUGGAAACAUCAUGAUAUCACUGAUCCUGGUCCUCAUUCCUUGUACAAUAGGAAUCUUCAUCAAAUCCAAACGGCCACAAUAUAUACCCUAUGUUAAGCAGGGAGGGACGCUAAUCAUUGCCACUUUCAGUGGGGCCAUCGUCACCCUUUCUGCCAUCAAUGUAGGCAAGAGCAUCAUGUUUGCCAUGACACCAACCUUGCUGGCCACCUCCUUCCUGAUGCCCCUUAUUGGCUUCCUGCUGGGCUACCUUCUCUCUGCUCUCUUCUGCCUCAAUGGACGAUGCAGACGCACUGUCAGCAUGGAGACCGGAUGCCAAAAUAUUCAACUCUGUGCCACCAUCCUCAAUGUGACCUUUCCCCCUGAAGUCAUUGGACCACUUUUCUUUUUUCCUCUCCUCUACAUGAUUUUCCAGCUUGGAGAAGGGCUUCUCCUCAUUGCCAUCUUUCGGUGCUAUGAGAAAAUCAAGACUCCCAAGGAUAAAACAAAAAUGAUGUACACAGCUACCACAAAUGAAGAACAACUCCAGCAGUUCUGAAAAAUGGGACCAACAAAAUAGAAGAUUGCUCCCCUAGCACAUUGUACUCCUCCCUCCACCUGGACUCUGGUCAUAAAGCAAUUCAGAAAACCAGU